AUGUUCCCAGUGCAGGAAUUGCAGGAGGCAAGGAUUGUGGUUCUGAGGGCGGAUUACAAAGGAGGCCUGGUGGUUGAGAGUGUGGUGGGCUCCCAAUGGGAACCGGGAGGUUGGAUCUUGCCGGUCCUCAUCUGGAAAGGUCAUAUGGUCGCACUGCAGCCUCCAGAAGGUUUCAAUGUUGAGGAGUUCGUCUUGCAGGAGGAGUACGCAGCCACCCCAGCGUUGGGCUUCACUUUCUUUUGGCACUCGCGGCAUGAUCAGGUGAAGUCAGCACCGGGAAGAAUUCAUUGCCGCCUCUGCAAAGCGGACAGGAGAGCUGGGGAGAUCUUUGCACCAUGCAGGAGACACAGCUGUCUGGCUGCGGUGGCGACUAUGGGUGCAGGAAAGACGGGGCCAGUUGUCAUGAGGGAGCUUUGCAUGGCGGGCAGUGAUGGUGUGCAGACGCAGCUGGUCUUGCAGGAGGUGUUCGCGGGUACUGGGCGAAUCACAGAGGCUUGGAAGAGGAGUGGUGUGGCAAAGCAGCCGAUUGAAGUUUUUGAGGAACCGCACCGGCGCCGAGGCUACAGAGCAGAGCAUGACUUGCUGAAGAAGGAGGUACAGCAGAAGGUCAAGCAGUCGUGCAAGCAACGUGAUGCAAAUGUGUGGUGGAUCGCGGCCCCUUGUACCAGCUACUGUGAUUGGCAACUGCAAAAUGGUGGAUCACGCACCUUUGAGGUCCCAGAAGGAACCGGAUGUGGGCCUUUGGCGGAGCGGGAGAAGGAAGGAAACGAGCUGUCAACCUUUGCGGCGGAGCUCUUCCUGGAGGCCCUGGAGGAUCAGCAGUUUCCGAUUUGCGAAUCAUCUGCGUCAAGUGGCAGAUACCCCAAGCAGUGGGACCUUCCGGUGUGGAAAGCAAUUUUGCAACGUGAGGACGUGGAUUACAUCGACUUCCCGAUGUGUGCUUGGGGCCUGGGCCCACCAGACGAACCAGGAUGCUUCUACGUCCACAAGACCCGCCUGGUUUUCCCGCGCCAUGGACCGCUACGGCAAUUGCUCCUACGGCAAUGCCCAGGUCUGGGGCCGCUCCACAAACAUGUGGCUUUGAAAGGAGCUCGUGAGGGGCUCGAUGUGACUCGUUGUACGGAGGCAGGAGCCUAUGCCUGGGAUUUUGUCACUGCAGUGGUGUCCGUUUUGCAGUCCACCUUGGGUGUGAUGGGGGGGGGCUGGUUUCAACCACAGCUCAGUGGGCAUGCAGGAGGCAAAAGAGGCAGAAGUGAGGAGAACGAGGAGCAGCCCAAGAGUCAGGAGACGGUCGUUGCCUCCCCAAAGUAUCACACUGAGGAGGAGUUGGCCGAGGCCGCAAAGGAGGCAGGCGUGGACAAUCAAGAGAGCAUUGAUGAGAUGUGGAGUUUUUUGGUUGAGGAUGAGAAGCAGCCCAAGCAUCGUAGAGGCAAUGAGGAGGAGAGUGAUGAGAGCCAAACGAAUGCAGGAGAGGAGGAGUACACUGGCAGGUGGUGCUCUGCAGAAGGCUUGGAGCAGCAGAACCUCAUUGAUGAGAUUUUGGAUCAGAAGGGUGAGACGGAAGCUGCAGGAGGACAGGAGUCGCCUGUUGAGGCUGAAGCCAUUACCGGUGGGGCCCUGGCUACCGAGGAAGAAGAGGACGAAGGGCAACCAGAGGUUGAGGAUGAGUAUGAGCCGUCGCUGGCGGAGUCCGGUGAAGGAGAGAAGAUUGGAGCGCUGGAAGCAACAGAGGAGGAGACAGAAGAGGAGGCUAUGCCCAGCGGGACGCAUGGUGAUGACCCACCAUGGGAGGAGCCGGUUGUGGCAGAUUUUUGGGAAGCGCCCAAUCUGAAGGACGGCACCGUGAGGAGAGUGCAUCCGGUGAGCAGGAGGCAUUUGUUCGUGCCACCAGCAGUUGGGCCGCCGUGGAUCGGACAGGUGUCUGAGGAGAGGCGCACCAUCCUGAUCAACCAUCGUGGUGUGCGCGUCCGUGUGGAUGACAAUUGGAAGGAAGCCGGGGAGGUAGACAUAGGAUAUGGUCUAUGGACGGGCUUCACAAUUUUUCCGCUCAAGGAAGUGCACAUCGAUUGGGAAAGAUGGAGGAACUAUGGGUGGGGCGACGACGGCAGCUAUGAGGAUGAUGAGGAGGAACCGGAAGAGGAGCGAGAGGAUGAAGGCGAUGGCCAGGAGGCCAGGAGGAGCGGAGCUUCAGGAGAGGAGCCCCAGAGGGCUGGAGGAUCUUCCCCGAGUAGCACGUACAAGGCACCGAAUGCAGAGGCUCGGAUGGCAGCAGAGGAGUACACGAAGGCAGUUGACAGUUUUGACAACACGGCAGUCGGCUGGGCUACGCUGGUUGAGAAGGGCAACAGGUUGGUCCGCGAUGCAGGCAGUGUCCAGGGAGCGGCAGAGAGUUUGUGGCAGGUGCGGGAGGAGAAGGGUCUGAUGAACUUGGCGGGCAUCGACCAGGUGGAGUUCGACUCAGUUUUACACCCUGACCAUCUGUACUACCUACGUCAGGUGCGAAAGUUUGGAAUGCCUGCACGAUAUGUGGGAGAUCGGCACCGAGUGAGAGCCAAGUUGCAUCCGAAUGCAAAACGGAAUGUGGAUCAGGUUUUCCAGCAAGUGGCGAAGGACGUGAAGAAGCACAGAGUCUUGGUGGCCGACAGCAUGCUCCCAGAGCUCGGGUCGACGGUUUCUUCCCCAUUCGAGGCCGUGGACAAGAUGUUGCCGGACCGUACGAUCAGCAGAGACAAGAGGGUGGUGCAUGAUCAGAGGACGGUGAACUGCGGUACGUCCAAGUUUUGGCACCCGCCGGCUCUGCAGCCUUUGCAUUCACAGGUGGCACGCAGAAUCUUGUGGGCCAAGCACAGAUGCCCGGGGCUACCAGUUUUGAUGGCGAAGAAGGACAUCUCAGGAGCUUUCCGUUUGCUGUGGGUGGACCCUGCUGAUGUGGAGCUGUUCGCAGGGGAUUUACCGUGGCAACCUCACAAGGCGUUUCCGGGACAAGAAGACGGACCUGAGAACCCGGUCGAAGGGGACAUCACGGUGGUGUACCUGGUUUCCUCCUUUGGCUUUAGCGGCAGCCCCGGAGAGUGGUGCAUGUGGGGAAGGGCUACGGAGGAGUACCACAGGGCGCAUCGACCCACCACAAGUAGACGAGACAUGUCAGAUGGAUUUGACGCCAAGGUACUGGUUGACGAUUGCAUCCUGGUCGAGCCAUGGGUAGGACUCCGGCCGUGGGUCAGUGCCGAGGUUUUUGAGGACGGAGUGGUGAAAAUGCUUGGCACCCAGGCUGUCAACAAGGAGAAGGACGAGGUGGAAGGUGUCUUCCGUACAACACAGACAGUGUGGGGCAUCAUCCUUGAAACCGACACCGAGAAGGCCACUCUGCCGGAAAGACGUAUCCAGAAGGGUGCAGUUUUGAUGUCGGGCGACGCCUUUGACUAUGGGAGCAAAACCAUCACUCUGAAGGCGGCUGACAAGUUUUUGAAAGGAGUGGAUGGCAGUGCAACGGUCAAGGUGAACCUCAAAGGAGAUGGCUCAGAGCAGUGGGAGACGGAGACAGCCUGGAGUGAUCUAUGGGAGCUUUUUGAGGUUUGCAGAUGGCUGAGUUCGAGGACGGCCCAAUGGGACUUGCUCUUCUCGACUUCGCUGAAAGAGAUGUUACCACCUCUGGAGAGGUUGGGUUUGCCCGGGCAAUGGGAAGAAGCAGUUUUUGUCUCAUCGGAUGCAACCACGGCGGUGAUUGGCGCCAUUGACUGGAAGUUCGGCUAUGCCUUCAGGGAGAAGUAUGCUAGCUUGAAGCCAUGGAUCCUGGAAGUGCUCACGGAUGCGGAGGUGCAGUCUGAGGGCCCAGAGGUGGUGGUGCAUCUAGCGGAGAUGCUGUCUUUCGUGGCCUUUGCAUGUGCCAGGGCGCCCCAAUGGCAAAGGAGGGUCGUGGUGUAUGCCGGGGACAACAUGGUGGUGAAGCGCUGGCUACAGGGAAGGAAGAGCAAGGUGAGGGGUGGACGUAUUCUCAUCAGAAUCAUCAACAUGUUGGAGAUGAGGUGGAAGAUCCAAGUGCUGGCCGGGUGGUGGAGGACAUAUCACAACGUUGAUGCGGACUACAUCACUCGGUGCACUGAUGAGGAGUUCAUUGACCUGCUCAACCGGAAAGGAUGGGUUGAGGAAGAUGUGAAGCCAGCAGUGGCGCAGGCUCUCAAAGACCCCCGCCGUUUUGGGCCGUGUUUCCUAUAUGGGGCUGACGAUCAGGAAAGAGAGUUGCUCAUGCAAUUGCGUGAAAAGAGGAUGAGCCGGCAGUUGCAAAAGGAGCCGAGCAUCCCCUGGCCGAGCAUUCGAGUGGUGGAAUGGAGGGCUGAGGGCAGAAGGGUCCUCGAUUUUGAGGAGGCGGCCAUUUUGUUGGGCGCACGGUUGGAGGCAGGGCAAACCGGUGAGCCUACAAUUUUGUGUGCGUCGUUGGGCAUGGAUGAACAAGGACGGCACCUACAACGGGUUCUGGAGGCUGCGAAGACGGUCGGAGCUUGGUUGGUGCUGGUGGAAGGCCCGCGCGCAGUGGCAUGGGACUUGGGAGAGAGGAGAUGCCAACAAAGAGGAUGGGACAGCAGGCUGAUCGAGUUUGUGACCACCGAACUUGGAGAAGCGAUGGCCAGGAGGAGACGUUGUCUGGUGGCUCGACCUGGAGGAGAACUUCCAGAGGAAUGGAAUGCUGGACUGGUGCGUGUGGGGGCUCCCCUGCCAAUUGGGACGGUGCUGAAACAGAAGCCUUGGGAGGACUUGGUGUGGAAGCGCCCCAUGAAGUUGGAGCUCGAGAGUGGCAUCCCAAGGGAGCGCAUGUUGCCGUGCCCGACAGGCCACUACUAUUGGGAGGAGGAAGACGAAAGAAGAACAUGCCACAGCCUUGAUGGGCCAUGCCUAUGGCCGAAGCUCAAGGAGGGAGGCAAAGGGAUUGAGGAGAUGGUGGUUUUUGACAGACGAGGACCACCUGGCCAUGUUCGUGCACUGACCUUGGAGGAGAUUUGGAAGCUCCAGGGCAGAGAUGACCGAACGCUGAGAGGUACGAAGGCACAGAGAGAGGAGCUGGUCGCAGAAGGAAGUAGAGCAACAGGAGCACAGACCGCAGCAAGCCUGCUGCUAUGGGGAGGCCAUUUGGUGGAGACCUUCAUGGAACAGCAGGUGCGAAAAGCGGGUAUGUGCACAGAGCAGGAAGGGCCAGAGGCUUUGGCACAAAUCCUGGUUUGGUUGAGGAGAUGGCGCAGAGGAGAAUUUGAGAGACGAGCGGGCGGCCUGUGGAGCGAGGAUGAGUGCAGCUACACGGUCAACCGCUGGACAGAAACGUGGUGGAUCUCCAUGAUGGACGAAGACACCGACCAUGAGGAGGAAGAGACAGAGCAUCCUACGAAGGCAGGUGGGAGGAGUAAGAAGCUCACCAAUCAGGAGGUUGCAGAGAAGGUGUCCAAGCAGUUCAUCACGAACGUCGGCUUGACAGUCAGACCUUUUUGCGGAGAGGUGAGUGACCGUGUGGAGGAGUGGCUGGAGGAAAACAUGCAAGGCGACAAGAGCCCAGCAACUGAGAAGGCAUACGCCAGUGCAUGGUCCAAGUGGAAAGCCUGGGCCAAGCGUCAAGGAUGGGUCUCGGAGUACCUUGAUCGCUCAGAGGACGCAGUGGAGCGUGAGAACAAGUUGCUGGCCUACGUGGGUUACCUAGGUUGGCUGGGAGCUUCGGUCAACACGAUCCGGCAGAGCAUCUUCGCGAUCAAGUUGGCCCACAAAAGGGUAGGAGCAGGAGACAUCACAGAAGGGAUGCACAGGGUAUGGAUCCUUCUGGGAGGUUUGGACCGGAGGAGCACCUCGAGGAAACCGAGAAGGCUGGGAGUGACACAGGAGAUGUUACAAUGGCUUGGCGAAGAGCUGAUCGGAAAGGCUGAGAGGCAAGGACGAAGAGCUGAGCUAGCAGACGCUUCGAUGGCCUUUGCGGCAUUGAGCACGGCCUGGUUCUUCAUGUUACGGUGCAAGGAGUUCGCCGAGUCCAACGGAGUUGAUCGAGACAUGAUCUUGCGAGGCUGCGAUGUCAGGUUUUCCACAGAUGGUUUGGCAGUUGGGUCGCAGGCGGAGGAGGUCACAGUGCAGUUCCGAAAGACCAAGGUGGAUCAACUGGCCUUUGGUGAAGCAAAGACUUUGAAGGCUACGGGCAGAAGGUUUCUGUGCCCAGUUGAGGCGCUUUGGAGGAUGAAGGCCUAUUGGCCAAGGAGGUUUGCGAAGGAUGCAAUGACCAGCAGAGAGCCGCUGUUCCGUUGGGCAAGUGGGAGUGUGCUGAAACGCCUGGAGAUCCAGCACCUGUUGCAUAAGGCAGCAGAAGGAGUCGGCUUGCCAGGAGAUCGUUUCCUGACGCACAGUUUGCGCAUCGGAGGGGCCACGGCUUUGUAUCAGGCGACAGCCGACAUUGAGUUGGUGAAGAGGAUGGGCCGCUGGACGUCAUCUGCAGUGCACAGAUAUUUGGAGGAUGGCGUCACGGUGGCCAAUUCAUCUCAGAAGAUGGCUGACGUUCGAAUCAAGCACACAUAG